AUGGGCAAGACAAAGAGAAUUCACAUAAUUGAUCUUCAAAUCGGGAAUGGACCGCAAUGGACAAUCUUCAUGCAAGCUUUGGUUUCUCGAGAUGAGUGGCCCAUUGAGUCGCUCAAGAUAACUAUUGUUGGGACUACUUCAAAGCAAUUGAUGGAGGAUACAGGUGACAUGUUAUUGAGUUUUGCUCGGACAAUGAACCUACCUUUUUCUUAUAAGGUGGUUAUGGUAUUAGACAUUCGGGAUCUCAAAGAAGUUCACUUUGAGCUAGACUCUAAGGAAACUAUGGUUGUAUUUUCAAAAUUUUUCCUUACAAGCUCGAUUACACCACCGAAUCGGCUAGAAUCAAUAUUCUUUGAUGAAGGAAUUAGGAAAAUUUUAGCCACCAAGGAAGAGGAAAGGAACAUUCGGAACGUGAAGAUUGAUGUCUGA